AUGCCCACUGCGGACUACAGCCUGCUCCAUCAUGCCCGGACCAUGAAGUGUCUAACUUGCCUGCUCUUCCUGCCAGAAACCCUGAAAAAGUCGCUCAAAUUCGGUGCGGUCCAUCGCAGGCUCCCGCUAUGCGCUGAGGUUCUGUCGCGGAGCAAGAAAAUCCCCAAAGCGAAGAAGCAACAACGCGAAGAGGAGGAAGAGGAGGAGGAGGAGGCGAGGAAGAUGGCUGCAGAGCUGUGCCCCGCCAGCGCCACUGUGGGCCUGCAGAGGGGGACCACGGUGGACACGGACGCGGAGAAGCCCAAAGAGGAGCGUGUGUGUGGGGAUGACAAGGGCGAGGUGAGCGAAUGCACGACGCCCACGAAACAGUCUCCAAACCCGGGCAACAACAACAGCAGCGGCGGCGGUGGUGGUGGAGGAGGUGGAGGAGGAGGUGGAGUGGAGCAGGCCAGCUGGCAGUGCAGUCACCCCACGCUCAGAGAGAGAAACGCACUCAUGUUUAACAAUGAGCUGAUGGCCGACGUGCACUUCAUCGUGGGGCCACCGGGGGAAGCACAGAGGGUGCCCGCCCACAAGUACGUGUUGGCGGUCGGGUCCUCGGUCUUUGGGGCCAUGUUUUACGGGGACUUGGCUGAGGAAGAGUCGGGGAUCCAGAUUCCGGACGUGGAGCCGGCUGCAUUUCUCAUUCUGCUCAAGUAUCUCUACAGCGACGAGAUCGACCUGGAGGCUGACACCGUCCUGGCCACGCUGUAUGCCGCCAAGAAGUACAUCGUGCCAGCUCUGGCCAAGGCCUGCGUCACGUUCCUGGAGACGAGUCUGGAGGCCAAGAACGCCUGCGUGCUACUGUCCCAGAGCCGCCUGUUCGAGGAGCCCGAGCUCACGCAGAGGUGCUGGGAGGUGAUCGACGCUCAGGCCGAGCUGUCGCUGUGCUCCGAGGGCUUCUGCGAGAUCGACCUGCCCACGCUCGAGAUCAUCCUGCGGCGAGAGACCCUCAACGCCAAAGAAGUGGUGAUCUUCGAUGCCGUCAUGAACUGGGCCAGCGCCGAGUGCAAGCGGCAGGGGCUGGGGCCGACCAUCCGCAACCGCAGGGAGGUGCUGGGCAAGGCGCUGUUCCUGGUGCGCCUCCCCGCCAUGACGCUGGAGGAGUUUGCCAACGGAGCGGCGCAGUCCGACAUCCUGACGCUGGAGGAGACGCACGACGUGUUCCUGUGGUUCACCGCCGCCAACAAGCCGCAGCUGGACUUCCCUCUGACGCCGCGGAAAGGCCUGGCGCCGCAGAGAUGCCACCGCUUCCAGUCCUCGGCGUAUCGUAGCAACCAGUGGCGUUACCGUGGACGCUGCGACAGCAUCCAGUUCGCCGUGGACAAGCGGAUCUUCAUAGCGGGGCUGGGGCUGUACGGCUCCAGCGGCGGGAAGGCGGAGUACAGCGUGAAGAUCGAACUGAAGCGGCAGGGCGCCACGCUGGCCCAGAACGUCACCAAGUUUGUGUCGGACGGCUCCAGCAGCACCUUCGCCGUCUGGUUCGAGAAUCCGGUGCAGGUGGAGCAGGACACUUUCUACACGGUGAGCGCGGUGCUGGACGGGAACGAGCUGAGCUACUUCGGGCAGGAGGGCAUGACCGAGGUGCAGUGCGGGAAGGUGACGUUCCAGUUCCAGUGCUCGUCGGACAGCACCAACGGCACCGGCGUCCAGGGCGGCCAGAUCCCAGAACUCAUAUUCUACUCAUGA